GUUGGUCUUCCCCCCACGGCUGUCAACGGAGCUGGAAGACUUUGCACAUCUCCAUCAGCCGCAAGAGGAACUGGCGAAGAUUCCAGGCGCAGUGAGCUGUGUGCAGCAGGAGGGCGAUGUGGUGAUUUUGCCCGGUGGAUGGUGGCACGCCACCUACGACCGGAAGGAAUGGACCUUGGGCCUCGGUGCGCAGCAGUAUAAUCCCAACGACGACGAACAGCACUACGCAGCUUCCAUUGGCAAUGUGAGCUUUUUGAAGAAGGAUAGCAUACCUUUCCUGCGUGGUGGAUCCUUUGGCUUUUGCAAGGUGAAGGCCACCAAUGCCUUGCUGAAGCAAGCUGCUGAAUAUGGCGGUGCAGCUUCUCUUGAAGGCUCCAUUGGAGGAUACCUUGCACACGGCUUGUCACAAGGUGAGGCCCUGCGGGUGAUCAGUCCCGUUGAACAGGAGCUGAACCGCCUGGACGACCUGGGGGAGCGUGCCAUCAAUGCGGCCGUCAUGGCCGGGCACAGCCAGGUGGCCAACCACAGUAACGCUUAUGGAGGAGUGUCACCUCUCUCGAUGGGAUCCGGCAAUGCAUGUGGCGCGUGGCGCACACUGGGGCACGGCUCUGGAAGCCUUGCAGAUUUUGAGACGCAGAGGAAAGAGACUCUGACUCUGCUGCGUGGAGCGGCGUUGCAACCGAGCCGCGCCAGCUACAGCACCAGCAUCACAGCUGCUGGACGGGCACAGCGGUGGCGCCUCUCCGUGGAGGCGUUCGAAUCGCUCCAAGAGAGGCUGCAGUGCAAUGUGGUCACCUUCGGUGCCAUCAUCGGUGCAUGCGAAAAGGGCUCCCAGUGGCGCCAGUCGUUGCGUCUCCUGGGCCGCCUGCAGCGGGAGGAUUUGGAGCCCAACGUCAUCGCCUGCAGCGCCGUCAUCAGCGCGUGCGCCAAGGGCGACCAAUGGCAGCUGGCGCUACAGCUGUUGGCGCAUGUGGUGGAGACUCGCCUGGAGCCCAAUGUCCAGACCUACACAGCUGCCAUCAGCUCCUGUCGAGAGCACUGGCUGCAGGCACUGCAACUGUUGCUGGAGAUGCAAGAGAGUCACUUGCAAGCCAACAUCAUCACCUAUAGUGCUGUCAUCAGCUGCUGCCCUUGGCACUGGGCUUUGCAGCUGCUCAUGGAGUUGGAAGAGGGCCAUUUGCGAAGCGAUGUGGUGCUUUGCAACACAGUCCUGAGGGCCUGUGAAGGUCAGCCAUCAGUGGUGCUGGCGCUCUAUUCCAGACUCCAACUGCUGGGCCUGGCGGACCACGUCACGUACAGCACGGCCAUCAAUGCCUGUGGGUGGCAGGAUGCUAUGCUAUUGCUGCAGCAAAUGCAUGGGCAGAGAUUGCCCGGCAAUGUGGUGGUGUACAACGCUGGCCUCAAGUCCUGCGAGAGCUCCAGUGCUUGGCAGGGGGCCAUGAAGAUUCUGGAGAUGAUGCAGGCUCAGGGUGUUCCCUCCGACUCCAUCACCUGCAGCGCUGCAGUCAGUGCCUGUCGCAGCGCUGAGCAGAACGAUGUGGCGCUGGGGAUCUUCUGGGAAAUGGUGGCCGCGAAGGUGGAGGCCAACGUGGUAUCCUUCACUGCUGCCAUCACGGCGUGCUGCGACCAUCGCUGGCCUUUGGCCCUCCAUUUGCUGUCGCAGCUGCAGGAUGUGGAUGUGGUGGCCUGCAAUGCGGCAAUCAGCGCGGUGAGCACCACGAGAUUUGGGGAGUGGGUGCAGGCAUUGCAGCUGUUUCGCGACAUGGAGCUGCAGAGGAUCAAGGCCAAUGAUAAGACCUAUGGAGCAUUGGCAAAGGCAUUUGAACGAGGCCGCCAAUGGCAGCGUGCCCUUGAUCUCUCGACCCUGGGCGACGGCGUCCCAGCGGGCGCGGCCGUGUCGGCCCUGUCGGAGUCGGCGCCCAUGGCGCCAUUGCUGGCGAAUUUGGAGGUGAACGUGCUUGUUCAGCAUGGAGCAGAUGUCAACUGGCGACCGCACAAGAAAAAGGAGCCGUUGCUUCACAGCAGGGGAACUCAGAAGUGUGCGGCACGCUUUGGCCAUGUACCGGUGAUCAAAGCAUUGCUGGACAGCAAGGCUCAGCUCCAUCGACGUCUCAAAGGUGCAGGCGAAGCCAUCCACGACGCGGCGCAUUUCGGACACCUUGGCGCCCUGGCGGAGCUGGUGGAGCAGAGGGCCCAGCCGCAGCUUGGUCCAAGGAGGAUAGGUGACCCGAACCGACCAGAUCCGACCGCAACCGGGCCACGCUACCAGGUUGUCAUCGCAGCGGGUCGCGAACUCAGAGAUGUCAGAGCCAAGGUCCAGCUUCGUGGCGUAUCGCGCCGCUGGAUGUCCGUGUGGAGGUCCUUCCCAUCCCACUGGACCGUGAAAUUUGAUCCUCCCAGCGGCCCUGUGACGCUGGAGUUGGAGGUGAAUCAGGCGAUGAGCAAAUUGAUCCUCACCUGUGAGUUGGAGCUGUGCUCCGGUCACAGCGGUCGCAGCGGUCGCAGCACCGUGGCGCGCAUGGAUUGGGUGCCGUCCUACUUUGGCUCCCGCAACGGUCACGUUCUGCACGAGUUGAAAAACGAGGCUGCUGAUGCGACAUGGCGCUUGGCCAGCCGUAUUUUCCAAGGUGCCAGCGCGGCACCCGGCGAAGGGCAACUGCGCUUGCGCUCAGCGGAGAAAUUGGUGCUGUGCGCAGUGGACCACCAGCAGGUGGAAUUGUUCCGAUGCCUCAUCGAUUGCCGAAAGAACAAACAGCUGCAAUCGUUGGAUCCGCUGGAUCCGUUGAGUCCGUUGAAAAAGUGCUGUUGGGAAUGCAGGACAUGUUUG